CGUUGUGACCGCCCGGUCGUCCUUUGAAGCGAGUAGCUCCGACAGUCGUCCUUCAGCAGAGCAGUGCACCUCUGGGCCAACACGCUACACCCACUGCUCUUCUAACGUCAAACCAUGGCCGGGGCAAUUGCUCGGAAAGCUAUUGACCAACUGAAGAGCAAAGAGUUCAGGGAUUAUCUGACGAGCACGCAUUUCUGGGGUCCUAUAGCAAACUGGGGUCUCCCGAUAGCUGCCAUCACAGAUAUGAAGAAGAGCCCUGAGAUUAUCAGUGGCAGGAUGACCUUCGCUCUUACCUGCUAUUCACUGCUCUUCAUGAGGUUUGCCUACAAGGUGCAGCCACGCAACUGGCUACUCUUCGCAUGUCAUUUGACCAAUGAAGCAGCACAGCUAGUCCAGGGAAGUCGUCUCAUCAAAUACAACCUGGAGAAGAAGAUUGGAUCUAAGUGACAGAGUGAAGCAGAUGGAGAAGAUCCACUGCACAGUGGCACCAUGCUGUUACAACAGCCACCUAAACCAUAAACAUUUUAUCUAAUCAUUUGAACUGUGGCACUUCCACAAUGAAAUUACCAUGAUUGAUCAUCAUCAUCAUCAUCAACACCAUCAUCAUCGUUUUAGUCACUUUUUACUAUACAGAGGGGGGGGGGAAAGCAGUUGCUUUCCUCAAUGAUUUUAGGUCAACUGCUGUGAUUUUAAUUUAAAAUUUAUUUGCUACAUUCAACAUGACGCACAAAAAAUAUAAUGUAGGUGAAUGUACACUGAGCUAACCAUUCUGACAGUUACUAGAUGCUUUGCACAGUGAAUCCACUUUCCAUAAACACCUUCAGGUUAGGCUAAAGCAAUCAUUAUUCACCAAUCAUCUCAAAUAAAUAUUUUAUUAGUUUCUUACCUCUUUAGUAAUUGAAAUAUUUACCAUACUUUGUAGAGGAUUGAGUCCGAGUUGAGUCCCUGCACACAUGCCCACACCAUGGUAGCUUGUCUCUGGCUACGUUUAUGGACUUUCAUUCAUUGACCUUUACCUAAACACAGAACACAGAGAGGUAAGUGUUUUGUUUGUUGUUCCCCGGAGAGUGAUGUUGUUGCUGUACAUUGAAAACAGUGUAUGAGAAUCUAAUUUGACUAGUUUUAUUACCAUAUGAUGAAUAAUGAUUGGUCAAGCAAAUGUUAAAAUCGUACCAAAUAAGCAUGUGUGUAUGGGGUUGAGUUACCCACACUGUAAAUCUGUAUCAUUGGUCUGGCACUGCCUUGGUUGUGAGGCUACAUGGUGGUGAAAGACAAGCUGAUUCUCUCAGUGCUGACCAAAUUAACCAUGUGUUGUUGUGUCAUUCACAUUAAUUUAUUGUCAUUGUAUAAUUCACAUUAUCCCCCGAUUAAUGAUUUGUUAAAUAAACUGGCUAUAACCAACUUCAACACAA